CUUAAUAUUUAUACUCUUUAGUCACCAAAUAGUUAAAAACGCAACUAUCUAUUCACUUGUCCUUACUACGGGGUUCAAACCUGCAAAAACGCUUUUAUACUGAAAAUUAGCUUUACUUUGAAAAGCACUGAACGGAUGUUGAUUCGGAAAUGCUGGUCGAACGUGUUGUCUUAAUUUCAGCUGCACGCAGUCUAAAUAUCUGCCUUAACUCAAUGUGUCAUAAAUUCAUCGAAACGUAGGACAAAUUCUUAAAGAAAGUUGUUAAUGUUUUCUUCUGAAGUACUCACUCUACACGCUUACAUCAUGUGCUGCAAUAAAACAGGAUGCAGCGACUACCGCUAGCAAGCUACUCCUGGAAAGUAGCCUCUUAGCUGACAGCUUUCGAGGUGGACUAUGAUGUGUCCUAUUUCUCUGUUAUGCUUUUACUUGUUUUGAAUAACAUUUACACAAUGGAAACCGAAGGAAUAGUAAUCCGCAUAAAAACACCCAGUGGAGACAUGGACUCCUCCGUCGACUGUCCAUCCCUUCUUAACUUCAAUGACUUGCUGGUCGCCAUCAGAGAUGUGAUGCCAGAAGCCACAGUCACUGCAUUUGAAUAUGAAGAUGAGGUUGGGGAUAGAAUUACUGUAAGAAGUGACGAAGAACUUAAAGCCAUGUUAUCUUAUUACUGCAACACAAUGAAUGAACAGCGGAUCAAUGGACUGCUGCCGGAGCCUCUGCAAAUAUUUCCAAGAGCCGGCAAGACCCCAGGGAUACGGAACAUACAUGGCCUCAAGGUGAACACGAGACCCAGCACAGCACACGAGUGCUCCCAGGCCACCCCAGAGCCUGUGACCACGAGCAGCCUAAAGAAGUCUUCUGCAGAGCUGAAGAAGAUCCUGACCAAUGGACAGAUGAAUGCCCAGGAUAUCCACUGCCAGGAGCAGCUUGGCCAUGGGAAUGGAGGCACUGUGUACAAGGCAUACCAUGUUCUUGGCAAGAGAGUUUUGGCAGUCAAGGUCAUUCCACUGGACAUCACAGAGGAGCUGCAGAGACAGAUCAUGUCAGAGCUGGAGAUUCUCUACAAGUGUGACUCUCCUUACAUCAUUACAUUCUACACCGCCUUCUUUGUAGAGAACCGGAUAUCCAUAUGUACCGAAUUCAUGGAUGGUGGUUCGCUAGACGUAUAUAGAAAAAUUCCAGAGAAUGUUCUGGGCCGGAUCGCAGUGUCGGUCGUCAAAGGGCUGACCUAUCUGUGGAGCUUGAAGAUUCUUCAUCGAGAUGUCAAGCCCUCCAAUAUGCUGGUCAACACUCGAGGACAAGUCAAGCUCUGCGACUUUGGAGUCAGCACGCAGUUGGUGAAUUCUAUUGCCAAAACGUACGUGGGGACAAAUGUCUACAUGGCGCCAGAGAGGUUAUCCGGGGAGCAGUACGGUAUUCAUGCAGAUGUCUGGAGUGUGGGAAUCUCUUUCAUGGAGCUGGCACUUGGCAUGUUCCCCUAUCCACAGACGGCUGCCCUAAGGACAUUGAGUUAAACUGUUCAAUAGUUGCAAAUGUUUGCAUCAACAUUGUUGUUAUUCACAGACCCUCAUAACGGUUCAGUUAUAUUUAGUAAUAAUAAAUGCCACGUGGAGCAAAUAUUGUUAUAUACAUGAUCUUGAAUCAUAGUGUUGAAAAUAAACAUGAAAUGUGAUUGGCUGUAACGCAUAGUUGAUAAAAAAUAUUUCAGAAACCUGAAACCUCAAAAAGGGACUUAAUUAGUUUGUCAUUAUUUCAUCAGUAAGAUUCUUCGAUCACUAUUUUGUUAUUAUUAUUUUAGUUUAUUUGUAUUUUGACAAAAAAUGAAGCAAAGAAAAAAACAUUUUCUACACCGAACCAAUACUACAGAUUGAAUGACUCAAAUACUAGGGAACAAUCGCAUUAUUAAAACAACACAAGCAUUCUAUUUAUGAAUGAACUCUUUUUCAUCCCUGGCUCACUUCCAUACCUCCCAUUUUUCCUUUCCCUCCCCAAAUAAACAGUUCACACAAUGCGCUUUUAUUUGUAGUAUGAUGGUAUUAGCCCCUACUUUGUUGGUUUAGUUCUUGGGUAUUUUCAUGUGUCAUUACAUUUUUUAUUCAUUUGUUCUUGCAUCAGUGUACUUUUGAAGGGAGAGAGAGAACGGGAGACAGACUCGGGAGGGCUCCCUCUAUCCUCGCCAUAGCUCUCUCUUGAGUCCUGGCGUUCCCAUUUCUCCCUGCCUCCAUAUGGUGCUUCAGACAGUUCACCUGCGGGGCUGUGUCAGAGCUGCGUUUCGCUGUAGCGAUCAGCUCCAGCUCGCCGGGCGCAGCCGGCCCCUGUCCCCGGGCCUUGGCUGUCAUUCCCGCAGACUACUGCCACAGCUGUCUGCAUCAACCCCCUUGCUUCACCUAACGCGGAACACUUUAUGGGGCCAAAGGGCAGAAUAAUGUGGGGAACCAGUCAACAAAACCCAACCCAGAAGAGACGGUUGUUUACAUCACAGAUUGGUUGUACAUAAGCACAUCCGAAAGCGUGAAAUGGAGGACAUAGAAAAUGUUUGCUAGUCUCUCAUCCUAAAUCUAAAAGCCUCAAUCUCAUUCUUCAUUCUUUUAUGGGGGUCACUCACAGAAUUGUCAGGCACAUUAUCUUUUUUUAAUCUUUGCUUUGUGUGUGUCUAGUCAUCAUCUUUUAUUUGUCAGUGGGAAGAGGCAGUUUCUUCUGGAAUAUCGCUUCGCUACACACAACAGCACAACUUAUUUGCAUUCUUUGUCGGGAGUUAAUGGAGUUUUUGCCUGGCUCGCUCUGAAAGUCUUUGAAGACACCAAAGCUGAUGUGGUGUGUUUACACGGCCGCCAGCGGCUUCUGCUGCUGAUUGAUUUGUUGCCUGCUUUCUUUUCUCACUAUUCAUUUAUUUUUUUGUAAUUUACCUAAAUGUAGAUGGAUGGGGGAAAAAACAUGCCACUAGUUUCAUGUUAAUUAAAUCCUAGUUUUGAGUUGUGUUUCUUUGGAUAUGUUCCAUUCCACUGCAGUGUCAAUCAAACAACAUGGUUCUCCUGGCACUGUUGCUCUGCUUUCUCUUUGAUUGGUUUCUUCUUUCUUUCAUCUCUUGAAUUGAAGGAAUUCAUGUUUCUUUUUUAUUUAUUUUUGUGAUUUAGUUUUCGUGAUUUUAAGAUAAGGGAGACACUCAUAUAUUGAUGAUGCAUACAUACUUAAUAAAGUUGCCUAAAAAACCUAACAAAUGCUCACAUUUGACUCACAAUGGCUAACCUCACUUCAAAAAAGGUUAAAUCUGCCAAACGCAUUGCAUUGCACUCACCAUAUAAACAGUAAGAACCACCAUAGAACCUUCAACCGGCCAUCAACCACACAAGUCCGAUAAAUGGCUUGUACAUUUUGACAUUAUUGUAGUUUGCAAAACCUUGAGGAGAGGAUAAAUGGACUAACAACCACAACCUUCUGGCAAUGUUCCUCCAACAUGUGUUCACGUCUUUGUGGUGACAGACAGGGGCUGCCCUUGCCUGCAAGCACAGAAGGCCUUUGGAACAGAGGUAUUCAAAGGGUCUCAUCUAGCAAGGAACUCCCUUUCUCAACCUUCGUAAUGGGUGGUUUUCAAGGGACGAUCAUCUUUUGAAGUAAACACAUCCCUUUUUUAAUAAAGCCUUUUAUAAUCACCCACAUGUACUACCCAGCCUUUUCAUGAUGAUGUUAAAAAGAGAUUAAUCAUUUCCAUCUUUAUCCUGAAAAGCUGGGAGAUUAUUACUUAUCUCUGUGCUUAGUUUUACUUCCCUUUACAAAAGUUGUUUUUCUGUUUAACAUAUCAUUAUUAAUCAAGUUAUCUUUAUUUGGUAUUGAUUAGAUUUAAUGGUUGGCUGUUGCACUGAAGCCUCAACCCAGAUGGAUUGCUUCACUCCUUGCUGUUCAACAUAGAUGAAUUGUCAAUGCCACCAAGAGGCUUGAAGGACUGACUAUCUGAUGAAAGGGCAUUCAUGCAGUUCACAAAUAUAUUCAGAAGUAGUCGUAGGUAGAAGGACGUUGGUUCCGCAAACCAGUUGAACGUACUUGGUCUCUAUAUCCAGUGUUCCCAUUAUCUUCAUAAAGGGUAACGGUCACAUUUGCUAUAUUCUAAUAUAACCGCGUACUACUUCAUACACAUAUUGCGUAACAUCUCAGAGUGCAAAGCGAGCUUCUUUUCCGUAAGAAAUAUAAAUAAAUGCAGGUCCGUGAUCUGCAUCCUCCGUUGGUCUGAUUUGACGAAAGGACAUCAAUGGUCCCACCUGUCCGCACGUUAUCUGCAGAAACGCAGUGGAUGAGGCGGACGGUGACCUUUCUCAACAUGCGUAUGAAGCGGCAUACUCUCUUACAUUAGAGCACCGUCAAGUGCGACGGUGUCCCUUUAAAAGAAGGCAGUGGUGUUAGGUAGGCCCAAUCCCAUUUCUACCCCUUACCCCUUACCCUUACCCCUUCAAAACCAGGGGGAGGGGUAAGGGGAAGGGGUAAGAGGUAGAAAUGGGAUGGGCCCUAUUAUACUGUGAUCAUCAUCGUUCCACACUGUUCACCCUCAGGACAAACAUGCAUGUAACAAUACUCUUACCAGCCAAUCAGCCCACGGUGUUCAGAGUCUGUGCUGCGUCGAAAAGGACACGACACUAAUGUUCCAAUUAAUAUGUGGUCAAACUCACGUGAACAAGGUGCUAUGACACUCUCAAUAAAUGUCCCACACCUCUCCCGCGUUCCUCUCUCCAGUUGCAUGCCCCUUUGAUCGUUGUGAAAUCUGGUUAUUUAAAGAGUCUGAAAACCUGUAUUUAAUUUAUACAUUGUCUAAUAAUAUAUCCAGUCAAAUUGAGCAUUUGCUUUAGCCGGGCUGAGAUGAGUCCUUGCACACACACUUCAAACAGGCAAAUGACCUUCGGUUUCCUUCAAUUAAUUUUACAUCAAAUUCAUUCAUAUGUUAGCACCGUAGCGGCAGAUUCAUAAGAGCACUUUUACAGCUAAAAUGAUCAGCAUUCGUGAUUAUCAUUAGUGGAGUGAGAUGAGGGCUUUGUAUAGUUGUGCAAAGAUGUCUGGUGCUUCCUAUUCAGAGAUAUAGCAGAUCUCCUAACUAUGUUCACGAAAGUAUGUGGUCAUAAAGACAAAUUAUUUAUUCAGUUAUUUUAGCAGAUUGAAGCACGCUUGCCGGUGUUUGAAGGAUAUGUGCACACACUCUUGUUUUACAAUCCAUGAGACCGAUUUGAUUAAGGUACACUUGAUUCCUCAAGUCAAUAAAGUGGCAUCUCUACAGCAAGCAGUCUGUAUCUAAUAGUAACACGUCUUCAAAUAGCUGAAGCAUCAACCACAGUCAAGGAUAUACAUUUAUAUAUCCACCCAGUUAGUUGUUGUUGGUUUGCUUGCAUAUAUGCAAGCCUUAUUGGGUGUCAAUAGUCAAACUUCUACUAGGAAGCUCCCCAAGGCAUUUCAAUUCACUUCAUAGUGCUGUGCACUUGUGUUAGGGCAAAAGGCCUUCACAUGACCAUCCCAGGGAGUAGUUAACAUCCCAGGAUUCCUGUUUAACCUGGAGGGCACAGAUGAAACGCUUCUCUAAAAUAUGGCAUUAUUAGGUUAUUUCUCUCCCCUACUCACUACAAAUGAGACCAAGGCUAUUAGCAUUUGUAAGUUUUCAUUAUGUAAAUGGUGCGAACACAAGCACAAAUUGCCACUAGGAAUGCAAUAAUUUUCCCCCAGUGAUCAUAAUGUGUCCAAGUGCAUCGUUGUGAUUAUGACACACUAAUUACAUUUUCCUCCAUCUCCUCUGUCUGCUGUCUGU